CCGGUCCCCGUCAGUACCAUAGCAACAGCAGCGGACAUCAGACGCGAACAUGGCAAAACCAAUGACUGUGAAAGACGCGCUGGCCAAAUGGGAGGAGAAGUCAAGCGAGAAUCGGAGCGAGGCAAAAGCCAUCAAGCUGUAUGGUCAGAUUCCUCCUAUAGAGAAGAUGGACGCAUCGCUCUCCACGCUAACAAACUGCGAGAAACUGUCUCUGUCCACAAACUGCAUCGAGAAGAUAACAAAUCUCAACGGCCUGAAGAACCUGAAGAUUUUGUCUUUAGGAAGGAACAACAUCAAGUCGCUCGCAGGGCUGGAGGCUGUAGGUGACACACUGGAGGAGUUGUGGAUCUCUUAUAACCAGAUAGAGAAGCUGAAGGGAAUCCAGUGCCUGAAGAACCUGAAAGUCCUCUACAUGUCCAACAACCUGGUCAAAGACUGGGGAGAGUUUGUGAGGCUGGCGGAGCUGCCGUGCCUCGUUGACCUCGUGUUUGUCGGAAAUCCUCUGGAGGAGAAACACUCGGCCGAGGGGACGUGGAUGGACGAGGCCACGAAGAGACUCCCUAAUCUGAAGAAACUGGACGGAACUCCGGUCAUCAAGCAGGAAGUGGAUGAAGGAGAAGGAGAGAGCUGAGAGGCGUGAGCCCUGCGUUCCCUCAGAGUCUUCCUCUUUUUUUGAGUUUUCUGUGGUUUGUUACGGUGCUUUCCUUUAUAUGAACCAUUUUUUAAUGACAGCACAGACUUUGUUGUAGAUCAACAAGCACAAGAAUGUUUGUUUUAGAGUUUUUAAAGCUAAUUUCCUAAAAGCUGUUUACAGCCUUUUACUGACCGACUGGGAAGGAUUUUAAAGCUAAUUGUUGUUAACUGUGAUGGUACAAGAGCAUCAAAUUCUCCAUGUUCUCAGACUGUUAGCAUCACACCAGGUGUUUCUGGCUGUAAAUACUGAACUCUGUGUUCCCUCCGUUCAGAUCACACUGGACUAAAACCAACUUUAUAAAGUAGACACUACAUCAGACAAGGAAAACUACUGCUCAGCAGUGGUGUCAGCAGCUGUUUGAGUAAUAAUAGAAGAAGACUAAACACUGGAAGAGUCACUAAUGGUUAAAUAGUUAACGCCACUUUUUAACGAGUGCUGCUCCCUACAGAGCCUACCUCCCACCUCCCUGGACUCCAGCCUCUGAGGCUGAAAAAUGGAGCUGUAGUUCCUCUAAUGUCCACCAGAGGCUGUCUCCAAACGUGCCGCCUGCCUUUCAUUGGUUACUGUAUGUGACCUGUAAAUGACCCCUUUAGUGCCUGAGCUUAACCACUUCUGAAACUGCCACCCCUACAACCCGCUAAUGUGGAGGUCGUAGGUCUAAAACCGACUCACAGGGUUGAUCGUGCAUCAGAGGAUGUCGAUGUGGGAGUGUAAGGCUGAGCCAGGUGAGGCUCCGCCCACUGGCUCUGGAGUGAGCAACCUCUCAAAUGUGUCAAUCAUAAUCCAGCCAAUAGUGGCGUCCUGCUGUGCACUGAUAUCAGCUGACCUCUCAGAAGUUGAGCUUCUGAUGGGAAACAAAGGGAAUAUCUCUGUUUACGCUCUGCUGCUGCCUCAGAUCAGCCUCCUCUGCUCGGUGUGUGUCCACUGCAGAGGCUGCAAAGCUUCACCAGACAAAUCUGAAGAAGAAGAAGGUGUUUCCUGCUCGUUUAUCCACCACUGUCUCUGUAACCUCAUGUGUUUUAAGUUAUUUCAUGUUUGUACAUUAUUAU